ACAGGGCACUUUCAACAACUUUUCCAUAGUACAAAAAGCCCUCAGUCCCCUCCUUCCCUCCGUGGGCUAAUGUACCAUUCCCUCCCUCAUUUGAUUAUUCUGAAAACACUUUAGCAAUAACAGUAGAUACAAUGGCCCGACUGCAGCAACGAUAUCGAGGCGUUCGACAACGGCACUGGGGCUCUUGGGUCUCUGAAAUUCGCCAUCCUUUACUGAAGACUAGAAUUUGGCUAGGAACAUUUGAGACAGCAGAAGAUGCAGCAAGAGCCUAUGAUGAAGCAGCUCGACUAAUGUGUGGUCCGAGGGCUAGAACUAAUUUCCCUUACAAUCCCAAUUACGCUAAUCACCCUUUGUCUUCUUCCUCGAAGCUUCUUUCAGCCACAUUGACUGCAAAAUUGCACAAGUGCUACAUGGCUUCUCUUCAAAUGACUAUGAAACAAUCAAUGCAGGAACAAGGCCCUCAAGUAAUUCCUUCGCGUGAUCCAGCAAUCCCGAGGAAUGCCGGUGCCUUUAAAUUAGAGAGUGCUAAUAACUAUGAAGCCAAUUUUUGGCCAGCAGAUUAUGAGAAGAAACCAAUGGUGCAAGUGCAAGAAAUCAAGCCACUUGAAGAAGACCAUAUAGAGCAAAUGAUUGAAGAACUUCUUGAUUAUGGCUCCAUUGAGUUUUGCUCAUCUAAUUAGCCUAUUGUAAACCAGCUACUAGCUUCAACCUAGUGGCACUGCUGCUGGCUCAUUUCGACAUCACUCUUGAUAUUGCCCAAAAAAAAAGCCAAAAAGAAGCUACUCUUUUGCUUUUAAGUUAGUUAAGUUAGCUUUUAAUAUAACCCAUUUUUCUAAACCUUAAUGAUCUCUAGGAACUCUUCAACUAUGUUAGGACUUCAGUUGUAUUAGAUGAAGAUUCUGUAUAUUGUACUGUGUUACAAUUCUUGCCCGAGUUGACUUAGAAAUACUAUUUCUAUUUUCAGUA